UGUUGCCCUUUUUUUUUUCUUCUGCCUCUUCCUUCUUCUUCUUCUUCUUCUUCCUUUCAAAAACGCUUCCCUUUAUUAAUUACUUUUUGUUUUUGUACAUAAAACCCUCUCUUUCUUUAAUAUCUUCCAUCUCCUUUCCUCUUUGUUUUCGUUUCGUGCAAAUGACCACACAACUCGACACAACGCCAUCCUCUACUACACGUAUCUUCGCCUGCACCCAGUGUCCAAAGAUCUUUGCCACGCGAUCCAACUUGAAACGCCACAUGGAGAACCCAAACAUCCACAACAUUCCAUAUAUCCGCAGCCGUGACCAGAAACGAUGGAAGGGCCAUGCCAAGAAGGUCGUAUCCAAGGAAGAGACCACUGAAAGGAUGCGCAAGUGGCGAGCAGAAAACCGGGAAAAGAAUCGACAAAACGAUCUGAGAUGUCGUGUAUAUCGGCUGGCACGUCAAAAGUUUGGCGAGCAUGAUUCACCCGAGAAACAGCAAUUCGUGUGCGAUGAGAUCACACGCCGUCUUGGACACGAGGCCAUGGUAACCCGCAGCACUUCAGUCCGAACUAAAGAUGACUUGGUUGAGCUUCCAUUCUACAGUGGCGCACAGCGAAAAAUCGAACUACCAUCGAUCGACGUGCGCCGUUCCUCCUUCCACUCGUCCGCAUCAUCCUCGCCAGCACUGCCGCACUUAUCACCUAGUUGGCGGAACGAGCGCCGAACAAGUAGCAGCAGUGUUAGCACACUAAGCAGUUUCACCAGCGAUCAUCUUUCUGCUUUCACCAAGCAGCCUACAUCCCCUUUAACGGAGGAUGAUAACGAUGCUUCUGAGCGUAAUCCCGACGUAGAGCCAGUGCGAUAUGUUGAACAAACAAGAAUCCUGGAUGAAUUUGUCGGCGUCGUGCUGAACUAUGCUGGUCAUCGUCAAUGUCGCGAACAUUCUUCAUGA